GCCGCGUCCGGCGCGUUCCCUUGACAACGGCGGCGCGGGUUCGAGCCCGGCCCCGGCGGCUCCGCUGUCCCCCGGUGUCCCCCGGUGUCCCCUCGCUGUCCCCUCGCUGUCCCCCGGCCAUGCUGCGCGACGAAGACACGGAGGCGGAUUUCCAGCGCUUCCUGCGCCGCGUGGACGACGUCACCAAUUUGUUGCAAGGCCUGAACUCCCCGGACCCGGCUGUCAGGGAAAAAUCCCUCGCUGAGACAGAGAAAAGGCUCCAAGAGCAAGGAGGCAGCAGGGAGGAGGAGGAGGAGAGCAGGACCACGGUGAACAGAACACUCAUCAACACUUCUGGCACGGCGAGGCCGGAGGCGGUGGAUGCAGAUGGCUUCCUGGCAGCUUUGGAAAAGGAUGCCAAAGAGCGAGCCCAGCGAAGGAGGAGGAAGGAGCAGCUGGCAAACGCCCUGAAGGAGCAGGGGAACGAAGCCUUCAGGGCAGGGGACUUUGCCCUGGCCGUGCAGAAAUACUCCCAGGGGCUGCAGGAGCUGAGGGACAAACAGGAGCUCUACACAAACAGGGCUCAGGCCUACCUGAAGCUCCAUGAGUAUGAGAAAGCCAUCAAUGACUGCGAGUGGGCAUUAAAGUGCAAUAAAAACUGCCUUAAAGCCUAUUUCCUCAUGGGGAAAGCUCACCUGGCACUGCAGCACUUUGCUGAGUCCAGGCAGUGCUAUGAGAAGAUGCUGCAGCUGGAUCCCCAAAAGGAAAACCUGUUCAAAGACUGCGUGGAUGAGGCCAGGCUGCAGGAGAAGAGGCUGAGAGAGGAGGAGAGAGCAGAGAGGGAGGUGCAGGCUGGGAAUGUCGCUGCUUUAUCCAUCCAGGAAUUGCUGCAGAGGAUCAGCAGCCCUGAGCAGGACAUCCUCUACUACACGGGGGGCAUCAGGCUCCUGGCAGAAGUGCUGGACAGCUGCACUGGGCAAACGCUCUUUAGGACAAACAAUGGCUUCAGUAUCCUCAGGAACGAGACUGUCAGAGGGGCCUUCUGUGCAGAGAGCAAAAGCCCUGCUGAGGUGGAGCUGUGCAUUUCCCUUCUCCUCCUGUGGCAAGCUGCCUGUGCUGGGAAUGAAGAAAAUCAGCGUCUCCUGUUGGCCCAGCCCGAAGUGAGUGCCCAGCUGCCGGAGCUGCUCUCCUCUGGCACAGCCCAGAUCCAGAGGGAGACCUUGGCACUGAUUUCUCUCUACUCAGAGAGCGAGAGUGGCCGGAGGCUGCUGCUCAGCCAGGACCUGAGCAGAUGGCUGCAGAUUUUGCUGGCAUUUGUCAAGAGCACUGAUGCAAGGGCUGACAGUGCCAUGAACAUCCUGUCUGACUUAAUUGGAGAGGAAAGGUUCCAAACCCAGUGUCGGGCCACGCUUUCCACAGGGGUUUUACCUGUAUUCACCCAGCUGCUGGUGGGUGCCAGGCAGGUGGAGCAGGCAGCCCUGGCCCGUGCCGUGGCCCUGCUGGGCAGCCUCUGUGCAGAUGUUGUGCUGCGGGCACAGCUGGCUCAGAGCAGGGAGUGCUGGCACGCCUGUCUGCAGCUGCUGGAUGGGUGCCCUGCUGCCAGCAGCCCUGAGUACCAGCAGUGUGUGUUUGCAGUGCUGGGGCUGAUGAUGAACCUGCUGCUUGAAUCCAACACCACCAUCCAGGACUUUGCUGUGCCCAUCAGUGGCAGGUGCCUGGCUCUGCUCAAGCAUCAGGAGGGAAGGAUUGUCACAAGAGCCAUUGGAGUGCUGAGCCGGGUCCUGCCAGCGUCCCCCUCAGCAGUGGAGGAAGUGCUGAAAGGAGGAGUGGUGAAGAAAAUGCUCAAAUUCCUGAAAGCUGGGGGACAGCUCACAUGCAGCUAUGCCAUAAAGACCCUCUCCACCUGCACCAAGAGCAGCAGGAGAGCUCAGGAAGAGCUGCUGAGGUGGGAUAAAAGGUUGCAGGUGCUGCUGCAGCUGCUGGAGUCGGGGGAUGAGCUGACUGUGGGGAAUGCAGCUUUCUGCCUCAGCCAGUGCCUGCUGCUCCCCGGGGCAGCAUCGUCGCUGCUGGGCUCCGGCGUGGUGCAGCUGCUGCUCCGCCAGGCUGCGGGGGAUGCUCCCAGAGCCGUGCAGCGCAACUCAGCCAUUGCCCUGGGCAGGCUCUGCCUGGCUGAGCCAAGGCACAUGCAGCAGCUGAGGCAGCUCAAUGGCUUGGCCAUCCUGAACUCCUCCAUGAAAUAUGUGCAGAGCAGCUGA